UUUUUACAUUGUAGUGUAAGCGACGACUUGCUUGUAAGCUAAAGUCUACCUAAAAGCAAAACAUUUUUCUUGCUUUAAUAGAAUGACCCAAAUUCCAUUCUUUUGAAGAAAAGUAGAAAACAAGUAAAAAAAAAUGGUUGCUGUAUUCAACAAAGAUCUUUUGAGUUGGUACCUCAUUACCCUCAAGCUCAAAGAAACUGUUGAUGCUGGACUUCAAAAUACUCCUACUACUCCUACUCCUACUCCAACCACCAGCAGAUCCAUUAGUUUUCCAGAAUUUCCCCUGCAACAACAACGACAACUGUUGCAAAAAGAAGAGUAUCACCCAGUUGAUUCUUUGAAAAUUACCCUCGAGGAAAAUGUUCAUAAUGUAGAGGAAGGUCCAAAAACACCAGAAUCCGAAUGGGUAAUUAGCAUUAAGGACAAAUUAGAACAAGCUAAGCAAGAUAAUGAUGCUGGAUCAUGGGCUAAACUUUCUAUUUACAGAGUCCCUUUAAGCCUAAGAAGAGAUGAUGAUAAAGCUUACAUACCUCAAAUUGUCUCUUUAGGUCCUUAUCACCAUGGCAGAAAGCGCCUCCGGAAUAUGGAUCGCCAUAAAUGGCGAGCUGUUCUCCAAAUCCUUAAGCGGACAGAUCAGGAAAUUAAAAUGUAUAUUGAUGCUGUGAGUGAGCUCGAAGAGAAAGCACGCGCCUGUUAUGAAGGGACAAUUGCAAUGAACAGCAAUGAGUUUGUUGAAAUGAUGGUUCUGGAUAGCUGCUUCGUUCUCGAGCUGUUUCGUGGUGUUGCUGGUGGAUUCAAGCAUCUUGGUUAUGCGAGGAACGACCCGAUUUUCGCAAUGAGGGGAUCGAUGCAUUCGAUUCAGAGAGAUAUGAUCAUGAUUGAGAAUCAAAUUCCGUUAUUUAUCCUUGAUCGAUUGUAUGGGAUUCAAUCUGAUAUGCCUGAUGAGAAAGGUAUUGUAGCUAGGUUAGCUCUGAGGUUUUUUGAUCCAUUGAUGCCAACUGAUGAGCCAUUGACGAAGAGUGACUUGACCAAAUUGGAGUCAUCAAUGGGACGUUCUGCUGCUUUUGAUCCAUUGGCGGACCUUGCUGGACUUCAUUGCCUCGAUGUUUUCAGGAGGAGCCUUUUGCAGACAGGGCCUAAGCCAACACCUAGGACGUGGAUCAAGCGUUGGUCACAUUCGAGUCGGGUGGCAGACAAACGCAGGCAGCAAAUGAUUCAUAGUGUUUCAGAGCUGAAAGAAGCUGGGGUUAAGUUCAAGAAAAGGAAGACUGAUAGGUUCUGGGAUGUAAAAUUUAAGAAUGGAAUCCUCAAAAUGCCUCGGCUUUUAAUUCAUGAUGGUACAAAGUCACUUUUCCUCAACCUGAUUGCUUUUGAGCAGUGCCAUCUUGACUGCACCAAUGACAUAACUUCGUACGUAAUUUUCUUGGACAACUUGAUCGAUUCGCCAGAGGAUGUUAAGUACCUCCAUUACUGUGGAAUAAUUGAGCAUUGGCUUGGCAAUGAUGCUGAAGUUGCUGACCUUUUCAAUCGGCUUUGUCAAGAGGUUGUUUUUGACGUCAAUGACAGUUACCUUUCACAGUUAUCCCAGCAAAUUAACCGGUACUACGACCACAGGUGGAAUGCUUGGCGUGCUACUUUAAGGCAUAAGUAUUUCAACAACCCAUGGGCAAUCAUCUCCUUUGCUGCUGCUGUUAUUUUGAUACUCUUCACCUUUGCACAAACGUUUUAUGGAGUCUAUGGCUACUACAGACCACCUCAAUAGUUUUCACUCAAUUCUCCAGAUUGAUUUUCACAAUUCGUAAACAAUAGUCAAUAUACAUUGUGCCAAGAUGCUGGGCGACAACCGCCUAGCUACACCGGCAUUUGAAUUAUUAUUUCCUUUUUUUGGUGCUUUUACAUCGACUGGUCGAUGGAAAGCCAGGAGAGUUCUUUUUCUUUCUCAUUUUUUUUGGCACGGUCUUCGGUAGACCGUGCUCAAAAUACAAGUUGAUACGCACUUGUAAUUGUGAAGAAUGCUCAAAUGAUAUGUCAAACUGAAUUUUUCAAAGAAAUUACAUGUGGAACAUUGUUGAUCUCACUAAUUAUUGUUUACCAACUA